AUGUCCAGCGAUGGAGGCUCCAACUCUUCACCGAGCUCAGGCUCUCCCGAGCUGCUGACACUAGAGGCGCCUUUCUUGCUUCAAAUAGAAGAGACCGAAGAUCACGAUGCAAGCCAACAGCUGAACUUUAGCAGAUCGGCAGGCCUCAACAUUUUGCUCAGAGUUCUCACGAAGCAGCCGCCAGGAUCUCCUUCUGAGUCCCAGGCAAUCCCACGACUAUGGCUGACAGCCCGCAUCGAAUCUUACUUGACGACGUUCCACACACGAUGGCCAGUUCUUCACGCCCCAGUGAUCAAUGAGAUAACAGACUCUGUCCAAGUUAUCUCGACAAUUAUCAUGAUUGACUCUUGGCUGCAUGGCGAUGUCAAAUUGAGGGAUCAAAUUUUACAGAUUCAUGACUGCCUUGUUCGGCAGCUUCACAAGGAAUUGAAUCAAUCCGAUCUAGACCCCACACAUCCAUGGCCAGCCAACCUCUAUCAGCUUUCGCUUCUCAAUGUUAUUUUCGCCUUCGAGACAGGAAGAGACAAUAUUAUCAGGCAAUCUCGCAUGCUAUUUAGCCUGCUUGUUACGGCUCUACGAAUGAAUGGUUGCUUGCACGGAGACGCUGUUGAAUCUCAGCGACUGACACAUCAUCCCGGAGACUUCAAGCCAUUUAUAUUUGGAACGACUGAGCGCUGGAAGAGAAUUGCCACUUGCGCACUGAAAGUAGAUACUUACUUGUCUCUCUUAUACGGUCACCCGCCUUUGCUGCGACGCGACGAACUAGAGUUGGGCCUACCAUCAACAUUUGCCAUGUGGAACUCGUACGGGAUCAUGGUGUUCUUCGACCGCAGCCGCAGCGAGCCAUGGUCUCGCGACAACUAUAAAAUGUCACGGUUGAACGUGCGAAACCCCGAAGAAGUACCUUCCGGAAUCUUGCCAGAGGACAUUCAGCUAUGUUUGCUCGGAAUGUGGAAUGAUAUCCGGUCACUCAAGAAAGAAUCAAUGCUCAAUCGAGACAUGGCCAUGCUGAAAAAGGCUGAUCUAUCGCAGCAGCUGUAUCUCGCCCUAGAACAGCUGGAAACCAUUGUCGCCGAGUCACGAAAACCACUGGUCGCAGGGGGGUACACGGCCACGAUUCUCAAAAGCUACCUCGGGGGCGAGCCCUCCCGCGGCCCAAAUUGGCGACAAGAAGUGACGAACCGACUGGACUUGUGCAUCUCCAACAUCAGGCCGCUUCUACUCCUGCUCACGAUCCAUCUCCACGCGGACAUCCACACCCUGCGAGAGAUUUAUCUCUCCCCCGCACCUCUUCAAAUGGAGCCCACGGCCGCCUCGCAGACGUGGCAACAAAACGUGCUCAAGAUACAAGAAUGGGCGCUGUCGGCAGACGGGAGAACCGCAGCCAUCGCGUCAUUGCAGACGUGGUUCGCGUACGAAUCAUCGCUGCUGAUCAACCCUGGCCAGUCGGCGCACGCCCUCGAUCCGAUUGUGUACCUGGCCCUUUCCGCGGCGGCCAUGGUCCUGUGGGCAUGGACAAUGAACGACGCUGAGGUCUGUGUCUGUCACCCCACGACGCCAAAGGCAGAGGUCACCAGCAGCAGUAUGCAUCUACAGCCCGACGUGCAGAACUGGAUUCGCGGCGGCGGCGGCGGCAUUUCCUUCCUAGCCCAACCAGUCUGUAAGUGUACCGUUGCGCAGCGCCUUUCUACCUGGACCGAGGCGUUGGCGAAAGCCGGCAGGACGUGGGAAAGAGCUGGCGUGGACGCGAACAUGUUCCGUUGCUCGUGGUUGGGGACGUAG